AUGGCAAGGAAGAAGAUAAGAGAGUAUGAUUCUAAAAGACUUUUGAAAGAGCACUUGAAACGUCUCUCUGGCGUUGAUCUUCAGAUCUGCUCUGCUCAGGUGACAGAAGGUACAGAUUUCACAGAGUUAACUAACCAAGAGCCAUGGCUUUCAUCUACAAAAUUGGUGGUGAAGCCCGAUAUGCUAUUUGGGAAGCGUGGUAAGAGUGGUUUGGUAGCUUUGAAUUUAGAUCUAGCUCAAGUUGCUGACUUUGUGAAGGCACGCCUUGGUGUUGAGGUUGAGAUGGGUGGCUGUAAGGCACCAAUAACUACCUUUAUUGUCGAACCAUUUGUUCCACAUGACCAAGAGUUUUAUCUUUCAAUUAUCUCUGAGAGACUCGGCUGCACUAUUAGCUUCUCAGAAUGUGGAGGUAUUGAAAUCGAGGAGAACUGGGAUAAGGUUAAGACCAUAUUCCUCCCUGCUGAGAAACCAUUGACACUGGAAGCAUGUGCUCCUUUGAUUGCUACACUUCCUUUGGAGAUUCGAGGUAAAAUCGGUGAUUUCAUCAAGGGUGUCUUUUCUGUAUUUCAAGAUCUGGACUUCAGUUUUCUAGAGAUGAAUCCAUUUACACUGGUGAAUGGGGAGCCAUAUCCACUGGAUAUGAGAGGAGAGUUGGAUGACACUGCUGCUUUUAAGAACUUCAAGAAGUGGGGUAACAUAGAGUUUCCUCUGCCUUUUGGAAGAGUUCUGAGUGCUACUGAAGGCUUCAUUCAUUCACUGGAUGAAAAGACAAGCUCAUCUUUGAAAUUCACUGUUUUGAACCCAAAAGGACGUAUCUGGACGAUGGUAGCUGGAGGUGGUGCCAGUGUCAUAUAUGCUGAUACUGUUGGAGAUUUGGGUUAUGCAUCAGAGCUUGGCAACUAUGCAGAGUAUAGUGGAGCACCAAAUGAGGAGGAGGUCUUGCAAUAUGCAAGAGUUGUCAUUGACUGUGCCACUGCUGACCCUGAUGGUCGCAAAAGAGCCCUUCUUAUUGGGGGAGGCAUUGCUAACUUCACUGAUGUUGCUGCUACUUUCAAUGGUAUUAUACGAGCACUGAGGGAGAAGGAAUCCAAGUUAAAGGCAGCAAGAAUGCACCUUUAUGUCCGAAGAGGUGGUCCAAACUAUCAGACUGGUUUGGCCAAGAUGCGCGCUCUGGGAGAGGAACUGGGAGUGCCUCUUGAGGUGUAUGGGCCUGAGGCCACAAUGACAGGCAUCUGCAAGCAAGCCAUUGAUUGCAUCAUGUCUACAUCAUAG